CUCCUUCUCUUCCUUAUCCUCCACCUCCUUCAUUCCUCUUCGUGUUAUUUUCCCACCACCAUGAUAAUCGAAACUCUCAACUAUUAAUAUUCCAUCAUGAAUAUCACCAAUUCUAACUAGUGAUCUGUAAGAAUCGAAAGUGAUCAGAACAAAAAAAAAAUUCGAUUUCAAUUCUAAUAACUUUCUCAUCUCAAUAGUCUUUCCAAACGAUUUAACAGAUCACUUUUUCUUUAGCAUUUUGAUCAACGGAAAAAACUUUUUGUGCAAUUAAAUUGUUUUGAUUACUUGUUCUCUCUCUGUGAUUAGUUAAUUGUUUGCAACUUUAAUUGUUAAUCAUGAAAUUCAAGGAAAAGACUGUCAUCUCUGGUAUUUCUGGUCGAUAUCCCGAAUCUGAUAAUAUCGAUGAAUUUUGGAGUAAAUUGUUACAAGGAACUGAACUUUACACCGCUGAUGAUAGACGAUGGCCUUUGGGUUGUAUGAAUUUACCUCGAUUUACCGGAAAGCUAAAGGACAUUUCUCGACUCGAUGCCGACUUUUUCGGGGUCAGUCCUAAAGACGCAAACUUCAUGGAUCCACAAAUACGAAUACUUCAUGAGACCAUUUAUGAGGCCAUUUGGGACGCAGGAUUAAGUCCACUUUCACUACGAGGAAGUAAAACGGGAUUUUUCGUUGGCUAUUGUUACGAUGACACUUUGAUUGCUCUUCGAGAGGAAGAAUCUAAUCCACCCGAUUUCUUGGAAUUAGGAGUUGCUCGAAUUUCAUAUGCAUUCGAUUGGCAUGGACCGGCCAUUCUGAUCGAUACCGCUUGUGCUUCCUCAUUUUCUGCGCUCAAUCAAGCCCUUUUAUCCAUCGUUUCGGGUGAUUGUGACCAGGCGAUCGUUGCUGGUGUUGGAAUUCAACUUUGGCCUAAUACAUCAGCGGCUUUUCAUCAAUUGAACAUGUUGUCUGAUGAUGGAAAGUCAAAGUGUCUUGAUUCUUCCGCUGAUGGUUACUGUCGAUCGGAAGCUGUGGUCGCCAUGUUGGUUCAGAAAGAAUCCGCCUCAAAGCGAAUCUACGCUCGAAUCUUGGAUUGUCAGACCAAUUGUGACGGCUACAAGCCGGAAGGUAUCACAUUCCCUAAAUACGAGGCUCAAUUAGCAUUAAUGAGAUCAAUCUACAAGUCCCUUGAUCUUGACCCGUUGACCAUUGACUAUGUUGAAGCUCAUGUUACUGGUACCAAAGCGGGUGAUCCUGUUGAAUCGGCAGCCUUGGUUCAUGCCCUUCGACCCGAUUCAGAUAAAACUUUACUUGUUGGUUGCCUCAAGUCCAACAUGGGUCACUCAGAAGGAGCUUCAGCCCUUUGUGCCAUCACCAAAGUGGUCAAGAUAUUUCAAAAUGGUUGCAUUCCACCAAACAUUAACUUUAAUGAACCUAAUCCGUUUAUCGAGUCACUAAUCAAGGGUGUAAUUAAACCCGUUCUUCAGGUCACACCUUAUGAAAGUCCCUUGAUUGCCGUUAACUCAUUUGGAUUUGGUGGUGUCAACGUCCACUCGGUACUUGAAGCUAACCUAAAGCGCCGUUCAGAAGGAGACAAGAUCUUGACCCAUUCAAAAUCAUUCCCUCGAUUAAUUCAUAUCAAUAAUCGAACCACUUCCGGUUUAUCCAGAAUCGUAUCAUUUAUCGAAAGCCAAAAGGGAUCAUUAACUUGCGACACUUUAUCGCUAAUCAAUGAUCUAAGUAAAAUCGAACCAGAAACUGGACUCAAACAUCGAGGUUACCUAAUGCUGGACAACGAUCAAACCAUCAUCAUGUCCGACCAAAGUGAACUGGGCGAUCGACGGAGGCCACUUUGGGUUGUAUUCUCACCAUUAUAUACCCACACCAUGAACGCUAAUUAUGCUCGACAAUUAAUUUCAAUUCCAGAAAUCGCCAAUUGGAUUAGUUCACUAAAUCAUGUUCUACUUCCUUAUGGAAUUAAUUUAAUCACUUUGUUAACCAAUGAGAAUAAUAAACAAUCAGGUAACAAUUUAAUCAACUCUCUUAUAUCAAUGGUAACAAUUCAAAUGGCAACUUAUGAGUUGAUUAAAUUGCUACAAUUAAAACCUGAUGGGAUAAUUGGUCACUCGCUGGGUGAAAUUGUCGCCGCUUAUGCUGAUCAAUGUUUAACUGGUGAACAAGUUUUACUAAUUGCUUAUUGGAUUGGAGUUAAUUGUUUGCAACACACAUCGAAACAAUCAGUUAAUUAUUCAAUGGUAAAGGUCAAUCUAAAUUGGGAGACAAUUGAAUCACUUUCAUUUAAAUCAUCAGACAUUCAAUUAUCAUCACAAGAAUCUAAAAAUUCAACAAUCAUCACUGGUCCAGUUGAGGUGAUGAAAUCAUUUGUCCAUCAACUGACCACUAAUUGUAACAAUUUAGUAGCAAAUGAUGGAGAUGAAAUUAAUUGUCAACCAAUUAAUUCAUUUGGUAUACCUUUUGGUUCAUCCUCUUUGAUGGCACCAAUUGUUGAUCUGGUUGAAAAAUCACUAAAAUCAAUACUGACCAAUGAUAAUCAAAGGUCAGACACUUGGUUAAUCACCUCCGCUCAUCCUAAACGUUGGGAUGAUCACGAUUGCCAAUUUGUGAGCGCUAAUUAUUUCACUCGAUUGUUAAGGUCACCAAGUUACUUUUACCAAGCGUCAAAUUGUUUACCCGCUAACGGACUUUUCAUCGAAAUGGGCUCAUCACCCGAAUGGAUAUUGGAUCUACUUCCCGACAAACUGGGCUCAUCAGCGGUACGAAUGUCAAUGUUAACCCGAUCGAGUGAUUUAUCGCCCGUUAAUCCAGGCCAUUCUUAUGAACCCGGAAUGUUAUCACUUCUGAAAACCAUUGGGUCAAUUUAUCUCAAUGGACAUAAUCCUUCAAUCGAAGUGCUCUAUCCCAAAGUGACCUAUCCCGUGGCUCGAGAAACACCAUCACUUGGCCAUCUUUUGGACUGGGACCAUUCCGCUGAGUGGUUAGUUGCUCGAUUCCCUCAGUACUUUACUUUACAACAGAAAGAUUUGGAAACGAUUGUUGAUCUACUUAAUCCUGAGUGGAAAUUUAUUCGAGGUCAUUGUAUCGACGGACGAAUUUUAUUUCCGGCCACUGGAUAUCUGUACAUUGUUUGGUGUAAUAUUGCAUAUAAAUUGGGCGAAUAUACUCCCGAUAAUUUACCAAUCGAAUUUUUUGACGUUAAAUUAUAUCGAGCGACAAUAAUCAGUGUCAAUUCUCCGGCCAAAUUUACCGUCUACGUGAACGAAAAAGGUGAUCACUUUACGAUAAAGGAAAGUGACACAAUUUGUGCUACUGGACGUUGGCGAAUUCCAAAUAAUCCUGAUGGUUUAAGUCUCGCCAAAGAUUCACUUGUUCAUCGUCCAGUUCGACCUGAUGCCAUUACCCUUGGACCGAAAGAUAUUUACAAAGAGUUCAGAGUUCGUGGCUAUGAUUACGGUGAAACUUUCCAAGGUCUUACCGAAGUUCUGUCCGAUGGUUCGUGGGGUAGAAUCAAGAAAACGUCACAUUGGAUCAGUAUGGCCGAUUCGGCGCUUCAAAUAUCACUUCUUGGCUCAGCUGAUCGAAAAUUGUACCUUCCUAAUUACAUGGAAUAUGUUUUCAUCAAUCAAAAGGUCACUUUGGAAACGCUUGAGAUUUCCCGACGAUCAGCACCUCAGGGAACUCAGGGAACCAUUGACAUCUAUUUCGAUCGUAAUGCCAACAUUGGUGCUGCUCCAGGUCUGCUCAUUAAAGGGGCUAAAGCAGCGGCUGUUGGUCGUCGUCAAGACACUCAACUAGCGCGCUUGGAGACAACGGCUUUUUCACCUUACGAUCAAACAAUAUCGCUACCAAGCAAAUUAUCGGGUCACAUUGAUUCAUACUCGAAAUAUUGUCUCCAAUGUAUCGACUCACUGCGAACUGGAUCAGCAAGUUCGCUAACUGAUUCGGAAUCAAUUCAACGAUUAUUAGCGAUCAAGGAUGAAUCACAUUCUCUGUUAAAUUUACUUUACAAUGCACAUUCCAGGUCAAUUUCAUCAUCGGCCGAAACCGAUAUCAAUCAGAAUCAAAUUGAAUCGGUUAAAGAUGUAGACGGAAUCACUGAAUUAAAGUCACUUCUCGAGACUCAAAGGAAGUCAUUGGUUCGAGAUUUACUAUAUAAAGGUCCAUUAUCGGCCUGUCUCGAAUCUCAGUUAUCGAUUAUUGGUGAAAAUAUUUGCGUAAAACAAAUUUCCGUGGCGGACAUUAACUUUUCAAUCGACUCAUUGUCCGAUACAAUUAGUGAUUAUUUCACUUUCAUCGGCAUCAGGCCAACAACUAACUUGGUAAUUCCCGAAAAUUUAUUGGCCUUUGUUGAAAGUUCAUCAGCAAAGGUAACCCGAUUUUACCACGAAUUCAAAAGAAUGGGAGACAUUCAUUCAUCCGAUUUAAUUGUUCUAAGAGAUUCGAGAAUUAACUUAAAUAUUGGCGAUAAUUCAAUUCUUUCCGAGAUGAACAAUUUCUUCGAGUUGACCGAAACUCUUGAAAUGACCUUUGAGUGCUUAAAAGAGGGCGGAUUCAUGUUACUUAUCACUCGAAACAAAUUGACAUCAAUUGAGCAACAAUUAAGUUCACUUUUAUCAUCAGAACAAUCAAUUAAUUCAAACGACAAAUUGGACUUCUAUGAUUUAGAAACAAUCAAAUCGGCUUUGAUUAAAGUUGGUUUCACGUUGAUCUCAACGAAAACUUUACUCAAUGAGGGUUGGUCAUCGAUUUUGGUUCGAAAAUGUUCUGGGCCAAAUGACCAAUCGCCUAUUUCAACAAUAAGAGUGACCAACGAAAAUUUUGAUUGGAUUGAAUCGUUGAAAGAUUCGUUGAUUGGAAAAGGUAACAAGGUUUGGCUCGUUGGCUCUGGACCAACCAACGGAAUAAUCGGACUGACCACUUGCCUCCGUAAAGAGCCUCGAGGAAAUUUGGUUCGUUGUCUUUACUAUCCAAAUAAAAGUAUCGACGAUAAAAGUGACCUAUCGAUUCCUGAUGAUAUUCUGGAAAAAGAUUUAGCUUACAAUAUAAUCCAAAGUUCUAGUGAGGACGAAUCAAGUGUGGUCGGUACUUUAUCAGCCCAAUUGUUGGACGAUGUCGAUGAGAUAACCGUCAAUGCCAAAGAUUGUUACGUAGAUGUGAAAACGAAAGGUGACCUUUCCUCUUUUCGAUGGUUCCAAGCUCAAUUUGACUCUUGGCCUCUUCCACUGCCAACUGAGACUUUGAUAAACAAAGUUGACAUGAUUAGCGUUUAUUAUGGUUCGUUAAACUUUAAGGACGUCAUGGUGGCCACUGGUCGUAUUCCGGUCAACGCUUAUCCUGAAAAUCAUUACCAGUUAGUUGAAUCUCAUGUUGGUAUGGAAUAUUCUGGAAUCGAUAGUGAAGGUCAACGGGUUAUGGGCAUUUGUGUUGGAGGUUCAAUCGGUACAUCAAUUAUGAUCGACUCUCGAUUUUAUCGGAUGAAAGUCCCGGACAAUUGGACUCUUGCUCAGGCCGCAAGUAUCCCCGUUGUCUAUUUUACAGCCUAUUAUGGACUCUUUAUCCGUGGUAACCUUAAGCGAGGAGAAUCGGUACUUAUUCAUGCUGGUACAGGAGGAGUUGGUCAAGCGGCGAUUUCAAUUUGUCUCUCAAUGGGUUGUGAGGUUUUCACCACCGUUGGAACUCAAGCUAAACGAGAGUACAUUAAAUCGCGAUUCCCGGUGAUCGACGAUGCUCAUAUCGCCGACUCACGAUCAACCUCAUUCGAAGAUCAAGUUCUUAAAGUAACCAAUGGCCGAGGUGUCGAUCUAGUCCUCAACUCUCUUGCUGAAGAUAAAUUCAAAGCUUCGAUCCGAUGUUUAGCCGAUUGCGGUCGUUUCAUUGAAAUUGGAAAAUACGAUCUGGUUCAGAACACGAAAAUCGAUGCGACAAUUUUAGACAACAACAAGUCCUAUCAUGCGUGCUGUUUGGCCCAUCUCCAGGAAGAUGUCCUGACCAAAAACCCGGUCAGAGGGAAGGUCAUUUGGGAUGCGAUUCAAUGUAUGAUUGAAAACGGAAUCAAAACCGGUGAAGUUGUCCCACUUCCGUUGACCAUUUUUGAAUCAAGCCGAGUUGAAGAGGCCUUCCGUUUCAUGGCCAGUGGUAAACACUUGGGUAAAGUUUUAAUUAAACUUCGAGAUGAGUCCAGUGAACCCGUUCCCCAGGCUAAAAUAUAUCCAGCCAUUGGUCAGACCUUUUUCCGUCCCGAUAAAGUUUACAUAAUCACUGGAGGUCUUGGUGGCCUGGGCCUUGAAUUGGCACAUUGGAUGGUUAAAAGAUGUGCAGCCAAAUUGGUUUUAACUUCCCGUCAAGGUCCUCGAGAACCAUAUCAACAUUUAAUGUUGGAUCGACUUCGAUCAGAUCAAUUUUUCAACACUUCGAUUAUCGUUUCAAAUGAAAACUGUCAAAGUGCCGAAUCAGUUGAACGCUUAUUAACCUCAUCAUCUAAACUCGGCCCCAUUGGUGGUAUCUUUCAUCUGGCAAUGGUGCUUAAAGAUUCCCUCCUCGAGAAUCAAACCCCGGCCACUUUUGAAGAGGUCAUGGCUCCAAAGGCCACUUCUGGGCUCUACUUGGACCAAGUGAGCCGUAAAAUGAACCUCACAGAUCUGGACUAUUUUGUUUGUUUCUCAUCGAUAUCUUCAGGUAAAGGUAACCCAGGUCAAUCUAAUUACGGUUUAGCCAAUUCAACGCUCGAGCGUAUCUGUGAAAAACGACGAGCUGAUGGACUUCAUGGACUGGCCAUUCAAUGGGGUGCACUUGGAGAUGUAGGUGUGGUCGCCGAGCUGAUGGGUGGUAAUGACAUUAACAUCGCGGGCACUAUCCCGCAGCGACUUCCAUCAAUUUUUGACACUCUUGACAAAUUUCUAUUGACACCUUAUCCCGUUGUAUCUUCAAUUGUACUGGCCGAUAAACGAAGGUCAGCAGCCACUGGUAAAGAAUCUCUUCUUCGAGUUAUUUGUCACAUUUUGGGUGUUAAAGAUCACUCUAAACUCGACCCUGAAUCAACCUUAUCCGAUCUUGGUCUUGAUUCACUUAUGGCCGUUGAAAUUAAACAAGGACUGGAACGAGAUUACAAUUUGGUUUUAUCGACUCAAGAGAUUCGAGGCAUAAAGAUCAAAGAUAUUCCCGGAAUCGAGGAGAGAAAGAAAAAAAAUACAGCUGGUGAUAAAAGCGGCGGCGAAUCAGGUUCGACUGAUGGUGUUUCCAACGAUAUAGCAAAUUCUUUGUCCAUUGAUCCACUCACAAUAUCAUCGACGAUAUUUGCACCUUUAAUGGUUCGAAAUGGGUCAGCGGUACUCUACUUUCCACCCAUUGAGGGCAAUUUCCUUUCCAUUAAGCCCGUUCUUGAGUAUAUUAUGAGGCCAGUAACGGGUGUUAAUUGGGUAUCCGAUUGUAUCAAAUACGAUACGAUACAAAAAGUGGCCGAGUUUUAUGUUGACGCAAUUCGUGAAAAAUACCCGAAUGAGGCUCAAUUUGACCUGGUUGGCUAUUCAUUUGGUGGUCUAUUGGCACUGGAAGUGGCCAUGCAACUACAGCAAAAGUUUGGUACUCAAAGCGCCAAUCGAUUGAUACUCUUGGACUCUUCACCUGACCUUCUUUCAGCUCGAGCUCGAUCACUGAUUAAACGGGAACAAGUUGUCGACGAGGACGAAGCUCAUGUCAACUGGUUGGUCGGUUUCACCUCACUAUUUGUUAAACUUGAAUCAAUGGACACUUUAAAGCGAACUCUUUUAGCAAUGAAAAGUAAACAAGAAAGAUGCCAAAAAAUGUCCGAACUGAUCAGUAAAUUGACCUCCGUUGACUGUGACGGAGAAAAGUUGUCCCAAGCAGCGGACGCUUAUUUCCAUAAAAUUAAAUUGGCCUAUUUUUACAAAGUCGAGAAAAAGUUCACCGGAGAUAUGGUUCUAAUCCGUUGUACCGAACCGGAAGAAGAAGAUGCUGAAGAAUAUACAAUUGCCGACUAUUCAUUAUCAAAAUACGUCAAUGGAAAGGUCCAAACUUAUCGAGUCCAAGGAAAUCACAAAUCAUUUCUCAGUGAAUAUUGUGAACAAGUUGGUUCAUAUCUUGAUUCAUCUCUUAAUUAUUUAACAUUCGCCUAAUUAAAACAAUCGCAAGCGAUCACAAUCAACUAAUAAUCAACAAAGAAAAAAAAUAGCGAAAACAUUUUGUAUUCAACUAACUAAAUAAUAACUUUAAUAAUAUAAACUUAAUCUCCUCUCACUAAUCAGCAUCAAAAUUACACAACACUUAACUUAAUCCUAAUCCAAUAAAAUAAUGACCAUAAUCAACGAGUAUCAAUAACAACAAUUAGCAAACAAUCAAGGAGAUGAAAAAAAAAACAGAAUCUCAAAAGUACAUUUAGCUAAAAGGAAGAAGUGAGAAAAGUUGAACAACACAAUCGGCCAACAAUUUAAUUUAAUCAUCAUUGAAAAUUUUCUCCAACAAUCAAAUUUAUCAAUUGCAAAGGCCUUAAGGCCUGAUGAACAACACACACUUGAUAGAUAUACAAGUUGACACAAUGGACAGACAAUGGAUAAUGAAUUACAAUUGAAUUGGAUUAAGGAUUGGUUGAUAAUCUGUUAGAAGGGAAAACGAUAAUAUUGAUUAUGAUUAUUUAUGUUUAACGUUGUGUGACUUUUUUUUUUUUUUGCUUCAUUUUAUUGUUCAAAUUGUAACAAUUUAACAAAGUUGAUUGUUUGAGUGGGAGAGGGGCAAAAGCUAUUGUAAUAUUUGGCCCUAUCCAAUUGGUAUCACGAACUCAAUACUACUCCUAUUACAACAACAACAAAAAACGUUUUGAGUGUUAGUUUUCAAGUGACACUUUAAAAAUGUGAUCGGUAAUAAUAUCUACACUUAUAUACAAAACUAUUGGCACGAAAUUAUUAUUAUUAUCAUUUGGCGCGUUCGCCGUGCUACUUUGGUACUAAAAAGGUAAUAAUAAGUAUAACAAGCGGACACACACACACAUAUAUAUAAGUAAGUAUCCAUUUCUCACCUUACCUUUGACGGGGCUAAAGGCCAAAGUGCCAAUGUCGAUAUGAUAACAUUGAAUAUCCAUAUAAAUAUCAAUGUAACAUUUUAUUUUGUUACAUUUGCUUCUGGUUCCCAC